AUGUACUGCAGCACUCACAGCAACAACUCGGAUCUCAUCCUAUUCCGUGUUGUGCCCGUAGUGCCCGUAGUGCUUUACAGUAGAAGCAACAAAAUUUACACCUUCGCCUUCCUAGACGAUGGCUCCUCUCUAUCUUUAAUAGACGAAGAUAUUGCUAGAGAGCUGAAGUUGAAAGGAACUCCACGGCCUCUUUGCUUGCAAUGGACUGGGAAUACCCACAGGUACGAAGAUAACUCAGAAAUAAUUUCUCUUCAAAUAUCUGGCACAGCACCAAAAGCAGAAAGAUUUACCAUUGCAGAUGUACACACGGUCAAGAAGCUACAGCUGCCUGAACAAUCUGUAAACUUUGUUCGUCUUCAGCAACAAUAUAAACAUUUGAGUGGAUUACCAAUAGAAUCAUAUGAGCGCGCGACACCACGAUUGCUUAUCGGCCUGAAUAAUUCCAAGUUGAGCCUUCCCUUGAGGUAUAGAGAGGGAAAUUCGAAUCAACCAGUUGCGACUAAAACACGUCUUGGUUGGAUGGUGCAUGGCUGUUUUGGUGCAAAACCUGCCGACAUGACAUGCCCUUACGAAUUUAAUGGCUUUCAUUGUUGUGAAUGCGACGAUUCUGAAUUACAGCGUUUGGUGAAAGGGUUUAUUUCAAGUGACACCUUUGGAGCUACGAACCUUGAAAAGACAAUUCUAUCAACUGAGGAUCAACGUGCAUUACAAUUGCUAAAUACUUACACCAUUCGAAGAAAAGGGCGCUUCGAAACAUGUCUUCUGUGGAAGACCGAUGAAAUACAUAUGCCCGAUAGCCUUCCAAUGGCCAAAAAGAGAUUGUCUUGUCUUCACAAACGCAUGAAAAGAGAACCACAUUUAGCUGAAACACUUGACAAUAAAAUUAAAGAAUACGUGUCCAAGGGCUAUGCAAGAAAAUUGUCUGCUACCGAAUUAUCUGUUGAAAACCAAAAAGCUUGGUAUCUUCCGAUCUUCCCGGUUUACAACCCAAACAAACCAGGAAAGGUGAGGAUUGUGUGGGAUGCGGCAGCUAAAGUUCAAGGCGUAUCCUUAAAUUCAAUGCUACUCAAGGGUCCAGAUCAACUAACCUCACUAACCUCGGUUAUAUAUAAAUUCAGAGAAAAUCCCAUUGCAAUUUGCGCAGAUAUUAUGGAAAUGUUCCAUCAGGUACAGAUAAGGAACGAAGACCGCAGUUUUCAAAGAUUUUUAUGGAGCAAAAGCGAUAAACAAGAGCCAGAUGUAUAUGUGAUGAACGUAAUGACCUUUGGGGCGACAUGCUCCCCUUGUUCUGCCCAGUUUAUAAAAAAUAAAAAUGCUGACGAGUUCAGUCAAGCAUUUCCUAGAGCUGCCCGUGCCAUUAGGGAAAACCAUUAUGUCGAUGACCUAAUGGACAGCGUAGCUACCGAAGAAGAGGCAAUUCAACUGGCCAAAGAGGUUCGAUUUGUGCAUAGUCAGGGUGGGUUUAAAAUAAGGAAUUGGAUUUCCAAUUCGACGUCGGUCCUCAAAGCACUGAACGCAGAACCCACAGAUAGUAAAGAUUUAAACAUCGAUGUGGAACUGACCACAGAAAAAGUUCUGGGAAUGUGGUGGUGCACGUCAGUAGACUGCUUUACAUAUAAACUUAGUAAAAGCAUAAAUAAUUCCGAACUGCUUUUCGGUGUCCGGCGUCCCACGAAACGUGAUGUUCUUAGGAUUCUUAUGAUGAUUUUUGACCCUUUAGGCUUGAUAGCCCAUUUUCUUAUGUACGUCAAGGUUCUAUUACAAGAUAUUUGGCGCUCAAAAGUGGACUGGGACGAAGAAAUCAAAGAUUCUGAGUACACGAAUUGGCUGAAGUGGGUCAAAUUCUUGCCUUCAAUGGAAACGCUCCAAAUUCCUCGAUGCUACAUCACUCAUAACCCAAAAAGCGACUUUGAAAGACAGCUACAUGUUUUCGUAGACGCUAGUGAAAACGGAUUUGCUGCAGUAGCAUACCUGAGAAAUGAGACCAUUGAUGGAAUUGAGUGUUCUCUUAUCGGCGCUAAAACAAGAGUUGCUCCUCUGAAAAAUCUUUCAAUACCCAGACUUGAGUUGCAGGCUGCUGUCUUGGGUGCCCGAUUUGCCCAGAGUAUAGAGCAGUCGCAUAAUAUGAGCUUUUCGAAAAUUGUUUUUUGGUCAGAUUCAAAAACUGUACUCAGUUGGAUUCGAUCGGAUCACCGAAGGUAUAAACAAUUUGUGGCCGUCAGAGUAAGCGAAUUAUUAGAUCUCACUGACAUAUCAAAAUGGCGAUGGGUCCCCACGAAGAUGAAUGUAGCUGAUGAGGCAACAAAGUGGCAGAAGAUCCCAGAAUUCAAAACCACGAGUCGGUGGUUUACUGGACCCCAAUUCCUUAAGCUACAUCAGGAACAUUGGCCACAGGAAACUCCCAUUAAUGAAAACGAUACAGAAGAAGAACUUAAAACAUGCUUCCUCAAUAUCCACACAUCUAGAGAAAAUAUAUUUCGUUAUAAUGAAAACUCUAACUGGAUACGGUUGCUGAGAAGUACAGCUUUCGCACUCCGCUUUACUUAUAAUGCGCGUAGUAAGAAAUUUAAAUAUGAGAGAUCGGUCGGACCCCUUUCCCGAAAAGAACUUCAGUCUGCCGAGGUUGCACUUCUUAAAGAAGCUCAGUAUAGUGUGUAUGCUGAGGAAAUCGCAGACUUACAAGCUAACCAACUGAUAGAACGAUCUAGCAUAUUAUACAGUCUUUGUCCAGGUUUGGAUGAAAAUGGCGUCAUGAGGGCAGUCGGAAGGAUUCAGUAUGCAGAAGGGGUCGAUGAGAAUAUGAAACGCCCAAUUAUCCUUCCAAGAGAUCAUCGAGUGACCUUUCUAAUUAUUAUGCAGGUACACUGUAAGUACCACCAUCAACACCAUGAGACGGUAGUCAACGAAGUUCGGCAAAAAUUCCACAUAUUACAACUGAGAGCUGCUCUAGCCGCAGUAAGACGGGCCUGUCAGGUAUGCAAGAACAAUAGAGUUAAGCCACUUCAUCCUAUUAUGGCCCAACUUCCACCAGCCCGGCUUGCUUCCUUUUGCCGUCCGUUUUCUUUCGUCGGAGUAGACUACUUUGGACCAAUGAACGUAACCAUUCACCGAAGAACAGAAAAAAGAUGGGGUGUGCUUCUGACAUGCCUCACAACUAGAGCGGUACAUCUUGAGGUAGCACACUCACUGUCAUCGGACUCGUGUAUUUUGGCGAUCCGAAACUUCAUAGGCCGUCGUGGAACCCCAAUCGAAAUGUACAGCGAUAACGGGACAAAUUUCGUUGGGGCUGAGAGAGAGCUUCGGGAAGCACUUCAAAAUAUAAACCAAAACAAGCUCAUAGAAACCUUUACUUCAACAUCAACUAAGUGGAAGUUCAUCCCUCCAGGAUCGCCGCAUAUGGGAGGAAGUUGGGAAAGGCUAGUAAGAUCUGUAAAAACUACACUUUACCAAGUUAUGCCAGACCGGAAUCCUUCCGACGAACUUCUCCGUAGUAUGCUCAUCGAGGUAGAAAAUAUCGUUAAUUCACGACCGUUAACAUACAUCCCUAUCGAUAGUGAAAACGAAGAGGCACUUACUCCUAAUCAUUUUCUGCUAGGCUCUUCGAGUGGUUCUAAACCACUAGCAAUAUUUGAUGACGACAUAAGGGUGCUAAAAAAUAAUUGGUUAAUAUCGCAGCAGUUCGCGGAACACUUUUGGAAACGAUGGGUACGAGAGUAUCUUCCCACAAUAACUCGUCGUGCAAAAUGGUUCGAGCCAGUAAAACAAAUAGAAGUCGGUGACAUAGUAGUCAUCACAGAUCCAAACAGCCCCAGGAAUUGUUGGCCAAAAGGUCGAGUGGUACUGACCAAAACUUCCAAAGAUAACCAAGUCCGCAGCGCCUUUGUCAAAACACAGUCGGGUGUGUACGAAAGACCUGUGAUUAAACUAGCGGUCCUAGACCUUACGAAUUCUCAAGAUGUAAGUCCACGGAAGGAUCUACCUGGGGGAAGUGUUGGCAAUGCUGUACAAAUUGUACCAGAAGAAUCCUCCCGUUGA